AUGAUCAAUGCCGCGAGCAGGGAUGCCAUGCACUACAACGGCACUGAAGGCAUCGCCGGGUCGGUCUUCCUGCAAGGCUACGGCCAGAUCGAUGUCGUCUCUGACAUUGGCAACAUUCCGUUACCGGACGAAUCCUUCGACUUGGUAAUUUGUACGGACGUGCUCGAACACGUGCUCAAUCCAAAGAGAGCGAUGCACGAGAUGGGCCGCCUUUUGAAACCAGGUGGUAUGGUGCUGCUGCAGGUGCCAUUCGGAGGAGCCCUCCACAACCUGCCACAUCACUAUUUCGCCGGCUUCACCCACAAGUGGUUCGAGGAGGUGGCGUCGGCUGCCUCCUUGGAGGUAGCCUGGGGCUAUCACUUUGAAACCCUCGCACGACGGCUGCAGCGAUCGCUUCAGAGUGAGGAAUGCCUGAGCGGCAUCUUUGGUGGAAAGCAAGCCGCGGCCUGGCGAACGCAUGUAACGGAUGAGCUCCCACACAUUCUGGAGCACCUCCGGGUGUGCCAGAGCAACCCGGAAGGCCCCUGGUUUGGGAUAAAGCGGCUUUGUGUUAAACAGAGUUGUCGGAUGUUCGUUGGUUGUUGA